GCCAUUCUGGCCUCCAUGAGAGUGGUCUUUGAGUACGGAGCGCAGGUGGCGGAACGUGAAAAGACCAUGGAAAGGGAAGAUGAAAACACUCCCCCUGGCAUCCCCCAAAACCAUUGGAACAGACCUGGAGGUGGUCCUUCCCGAAUACUCCAAAAUUGAAAUCCCCACUUGGCUGACGGGAAAACUGGCCAAAGACUCCAAGACCCCCGUUCUCCAUGCUUGGACCUGCGAUUUAACCAAUCGCUUUGGACCGGAGGGAGACAAAGACAUUGCCGACACUUUCAUGGAUCAGCCAUACAUGGACCACCACGUCUACUUGGUGGCCUUUCUGCAACUUGCCUUCAUGAAGGCAGAUAGUGUCUGCGCCCAACACCAAAGGAAAAUGCUGCAGAUUGUGCAGUACCCAAGAGGAAGAGGAAAUCCCAAGCUAUCGCAGGAACUCUAUAUUCGCAUGAUUGCCCAGUUCCUCAUCGCCUCCGUCAAACUGGGGCUUUCCCAAGAAGCCUUGAAAAAGGCUGAGAAACAACUUCGCUCCCACACAUCUUCCUUUGCCAAGAAGACCACUCCUGUGGGGGGAGUGAAGGCGCCACAUAUUCUCCACAAAAUCCGCAUGUUGGAAGACAAGGAUAACUUAACUGCCCUUGGGAUCCGUGAGAACACUUCCUCCACUUCACCUUCCUUGCUUGUGGGCGGUUGUGAUGAAACCAGUGCAGACUUGAGUACAGAGUCCAAUCACUCUUCCUCACUAUUUGGAAAGCCCAGUCAUCAGGGUGAUGAUGAGAAAAAGCACAAGAAGAUGCACGCCAAGGAGAAACCGAAACGAUCCAGUUCUUCGAACCCGUUUGCAUGGCUGAAAGGCACCAUCUGGGCCAGCAAGCCCAAGAACCACACGCCCGGUGCCGUCUCUGCGUAGGCAAGGGCGGAACAUUCUUGCCAAUCAAUUUUAAUUUUGUGAUGAGACAAGACGCACGGUUGAGUGCGCUCGUACAUGUUAGUGCAUCUAUACUAUCAACCUCUAGUAGCUAGAACUAUCUAAAAACAACUGAAUAAACU